GUAAAAAAUCUAAUUAGAAGGGACGAGACAGCUUAAUAAGGGAGAGAACGGGCCAGAAGAUUCGCCUUCAUCUUCCCCUUCGUUGAGUUGUCGAGCAUCCCCUCUCCUCUCUCUCUCUCUCAUACACUUUCUCUCUCUACACUCUCUCUCUUUAACAGCGCCACGCCACUGCCUCAUCCUCAGCUCCACUGGGCAACACAAACAAAGAGCAAAACCACUGCUUCACGCAAAUUUUGUCGGCUGUCGGAUCAGAAUGACUGACAGGGUCUACCCAUCUGCCAAGCCCCCCGCCGCCGCCCCCAACGGCGGGGCACCCGCUGUCAAUGGCACCGCCGCUACCAAUGGCACCGCCCCAACAUCCGCCGCCGCCGCGAAGCCCCAGCUCUACCGCCCCUACCGGCCCCAGCCCGCCUCCCACCGCCGGCGCCACCGCCGCCGGUGCCGGUGCACCUUCUGCUGCUGCUGCUUCUGGACCAUCCUCAUGUUCCUCAUGCUCGCACUCGUCGCCGCCACCGCCGGGGCCGCCCUCUACGUCCUGUACCGCCCCCACCGGCCGGACUUCUCCAUCCUCGCGCUCCGGACCGGGACGCUGAACCUCACCACCGACUCCACCGCCUCGUCGUCCCGCCUCUCCACCUCCUUCAACCUCACCCUGUCGUCGAAGAACCCCAACUCCCACUACUUCACCUUCUUCUACGACCCCUUCGCCGUCACAUUCCUCUCGAGCGACGUCCCCGUCGGGAACUCCUCCCUCCCGGCGUUCGUCAGCAGCCCCAAGAACGAGACCGUGUUCAAGAACAUCAUCGUGAGGGCGAGCGCCCAGGACCUGGACACCGACUCCGUGAAGUCCCUCCGGUCCGAUCUCCGGCGGUCGAGCGGGAUUCCGCUGAGGAUUCAGAUGGACACGAAGGUCAAAGUCAAAGCCGGGAAGCUGAAGAGCAAGAAGGUCGGGAUCAGAGUGGUGUGCGAUGGGUUUAAGGGGGUGGCCGCUCCCAAAGGUAAGUCGCCGGCGGUGGCGACGGUGACCGACGCCGACUGCAAGGUCGACCUACGGAUCAAGAUCUGGAAGUUCACAUUCUGACCGUUUGAUGCUGUGGGUCCCGCUUCAGUGUCCCGGAUCUGACGGUCAGUACUGGCUUUACAACGUAUACCCAAUUGUAUGAUUUUCUUUUCCAAUUUUUUGGGCUUACAUUGGUUAUUUUUUUUCCAAUUUUAUUCUAUUUUGGUCUCUUUUUUCUUUUUGUGGGGUUUUGGAAUGUAAACUUUCGAGGGGUAUGAUAUGAUGAAAGGAUCAAUCAAGGAUUGAGAUAAUUCGUUGGGAUAAUUCACGAGUAUUAGAUAAAGCAGAGAAAAAAAAUAUUUAAUUUUCAGCA